AUGAGCGACCAAGAGAACCAGCGGGGCAAUCCCACCAACCCCAAAAUCAACACAGCCCCAGCCCCAGCUCCAUCAACCUCAAACACCCAACCCAACCCCUCCCUAGCAUCCCGCAUCCAAACCUCCGCAACAGGCCUAGCGAAAAGCGCAUUCAACCCGGGCUCCGACAUAAUCAACACGCUAGCAUCAAGCACGAGCAAAGCAGGUCCAUCGUCCCUCCCAAACACACAGACAAGCAGGGAUCUACCCGCAAAUACACAGCAUGGAGGUCUCGGUUCCGGGUCAGGGUCAGGGUCAGGGUCAGGGUCUGCAGCGCAAGCUUUCCGCGAACACGAUACCACACCGGGUGGAUUCGCUCUACCAGCCUUGACAGAAGACGAAUUCCAGCGAAAUGCAUACGGAUAUGAUGGAAUGGUAGAUGAAACAACUACAACUACAAAUCAACCCCAACCCCAACCCCAAUCCCACAACGACCUCCAAACCCCCUCCUCAACCUGGAAAGGCAAAGCCCGCGCCCAAGACCCAACCCAACACCAACUCGAAACCGUCUGGCAGCGCCAAUGGCACGUACAAGACCCGACGACAACAUAUACCCCAAACACAGACGACGGAUCAGCCGUCGUCUCCCUGCUAUCGGAUACAAACUUCGAUCCGAAUUUCGAAGACCCGACGACUGUCCCGGAUACCGAGAUUGAUAUCGCCGCUUUACCGGUCCCGCUUUCUGCGAGCGAGAGGGAGGUUCUUGAUUCAUUCCGGAAGGGGAUGGGGUUAGACGAGGAGAAAAAGAGUCGGUUAACGGGGGCUAGUCUUGUUCCUGAUAUUGAUGUUUUUUUGAGUCAGGGGGUUGGGAGUGGGAUUGGGUUUGCGGAGGGGGAUACGGUUAUGGCUGGUUCUACUUCUACUUCGCUUCGUGAUUCUGUUUUGAGGGAUCUUCCUGGGGCGGGGGAUUGGGUUGGUGUGCAGGAGAGGUAUCAUGAUGAGGUUUGGGGGUUUUUGCAGCCUGUGCUUGAAGAGGCGAGGGUUGAGAUUGAGGAGCAGGGGGUUGGGGAGGGAUUGGGUGGGGAGGAUGGGCCUGCUGUUAGGAGGUUGAAGAUGAUUUUGAUGCAUAUGAAGGGGUGA